GAUGAUAAAUUAGUUGAUCUAGAACAACAGGACACGUAGUUAAGUUUAGGAUGUAUGUCUUGUUAACAUUAAAGAACGGACGCAAUAAGUGAUAAAGUUGACAAUCAAUGUGUGACGUGGAAGGUUUCUUAAAUUAAAUAAUAUAUACUUAAUUUGAUAACAUAUAUUAGGAGAAACACUUCUUGCACAAAAUGUCAAUAUCAUAUGUCCACUACUUGAUCGCUUUACAAAUCUUGGCGCUUUCGGCGAGUGCUUUUGGCAUUCACAAACCCGAAGAAACAGCACAUCAUGCCCCAAGGCUUGUAAAUCCGCUUUCAAAAGCUUCACAUGGGGAAGGCGAAGAACAUGAUGCAAAAUUCGAUCAUGAUGCAUUUCUAGGAGAAGAUGAAGCUAAAACGUUUGAUCAACUGCCUCCAGAAGAAAGCAGGAGGAGACUGGGAUUGAUCGUGGACAAAAUUGAUCAAGAUAAAGAUGGUUUUAUAACAUUAGUGGAACUAAAAGACUGGAUACGAUAUACUCAAAGACGUUAUAUUGCUGAUGAUGUUGAGCGUCAAUGGAAACAACACAAUCUCGAAAACAAACCCAGCUUAACUUGGGAGGAAUAUAAGAAAGAAACUUAUGGAUUCCUGGAUGAAAUGACAGAACAAGAAUUAGAACAAGAAGAAUCAGGCUACUCCUACAAAGCUAUGAUUAAGCGAGAUCAACGAAGAUGGGCCAAUGCUGAUUUAGAUGAUGAUGGGGUUCUCGACAAAGCACAAUUUACUGAUUUUUUACAUCCGGAAGAAAGUGAACGAAUGAGAGAUGUAGUUGUUUUAGAGACAAUGGAAGACAUUGAUAAGGAUAAGGAUGGAAAAAUUUCAUUGAAAGAAUAUAUAGGUGAUAUGUUUAGAGGAGAUAUGGAUUCAGAUGAAGAAGAAGGUAAGGAGGAAGAUGAACCAGAAUGGGUAAAAAAUGAAAGAGAACAGUUCAGCUUAUACAGAGAUAAAGAUAAGGAUGGUUUUAUGGAUUUAGAAGAAGUCAAAAAUUGGAUAAUUCCUCCAGACUUCGACCAUGCAGAAGCUGAGGCAAGGCAUUUAAUUUAUGAAGCUGAUGGUGAUACAGAUGAAAAAUUGACCAAAGAUGAAAUAUUAAAUAAAUAUGACUUAUUUGUGGGUUCACAAGCAACAGACUUCGGAGAAGCUUUAGCCAGGCACGAUGAAUUUUAGAAUUCUAAUGAGUAAUUAGUGCAUUUGAAUUUAAAUUUAGUUUGGUAAAUACUGGAUAUGUUAUUAAAAAAUUAUGAAAAACCAAAUAUUAAAAUUUAAAUUGUUGGAUAUUAGAUUAUAAGUGAGCUUGAAUCUUGAACUAAAUUUUAUUUAAUACUCAGUAAC